AUGCUUGCAGCCCAUGACCUAGCAGCAAUCCUGCCCUUCGUCAUUGCCGUCGCCAUCGCCUUCAUCGUCAGCGUAACCGCAAAGCUGAACAAGAUGGGUCUGUUCUCGGCGCCCCUAGCCCUGGCCUCCCCUUCCCCCUCCGCUUCUCGCCAUGCCGACCGUGAACCAAGAAUCCCCAACGACCCAGGAGACCACUUUCCAGGCAUGGUAAACCUAAGCGGCACGCUAUGCUACAUGAACAGCGUACUCCAAGCUUUCGCAUCCCUCCCUACUCUGACAGGAUACCUAUCACGCGUGAUUGGAGCCGCAGAGUCCGUCGACAUCCCCACCCCAGUCUGCGAUGCACUCUACGACAUCCUGGCAGACUUGAAUACCGGUCAUGCAAAGCACCCGGCCCCGCUCAGGCCACAUGUUCUCCUCGCCGCCCUCUCGCCUCUUCCACAAAUUCGCCGCCUCCUCGCCACACGAGAGCAGCAGGACGCUCACGAACUGUUUGUGGUCCUGGCCGAGGCCGUGUCGGACGAAGCGGCAAAGGCUGCCAAAGAGGUUGCGCGGGUGCGCGGUGGACUCAAUGUCGCCCUCGAGCUCCUUCCGAACUCCUUAGCCCCCUCACUCGCGUCCUCGCGCGCGGCAUCACCAGCCCCGAGCGCCGCACCCUCUAUCCCACCAAGACCUUAUCCGCCCCCGAAGCGGAAUGAUGCGCUCUCGGUCCCGUGGGAAGGUCUGCUGGCGCGGAGGAGGAUAUGCGCGCGCUGCGGAUACUCUGACGUCGUGCGCAUGGACACGCUCGGUGGUAUGGAGCUGUCGGUACCAAGAUCGGGCGAAGUGACACUCGACGACUGCAUCUCCGAGUACCUGGCGCCCGAACCGCUAUCAGACGUCACCUGCGACAUGUGCACGACCCGCGCAACGGCGCUCAAGUACGCCGAGCGUGCCGAACGACUAGAGGGGAAGAAGAGCCGUGCGCACGCGGCCAAGGUCGCCUCCCGGUUACGCGCAAUGGUCGAGGCCGGCGUGGUGGGCAACGAGGGCGGCGCACCCAAGGACGUGAGGUGGGAAGUGGUACGCACAGAAUGUCUGCGCGAAACGGCAGUCACACGCGCUCCCCAGACAUUGCGCUUCCACUUUGUACGCUCCGAGUACACGCCGUACGGGCAAUUGUUGAAGAAGACGGCGCGCGUAGCCUACCCACUCAUGUUCGACCUUGGGCCAUACAUGGCGCGCGGCGUGUGGGAGCCGAAAGCGGCUCUCGGGAGCGUCGCGGCGGCUCUUGCGGGACGAGGGGGAAGUGGGGUUGGGGGCAUUGGCGAACGGCCGCGCGCGCUGUAUCGCCUCCAAUCGGCCAUCCUGCACUACGGGUACGCGCACAGUUCGGGUCACUUUGUCGCAAUUCGGCGGAAGCCCGGCGCACCCCUCGGCGUUCCGGGCAAGGGGUGGCUGCGGAUCUCGGAUGCCGACGUCGACGAAGUCGGCACCGACGAGCUCGCGUCGAGCGCGGCACAGGUGUUCAUGCUCUUCUAUGAGCGGGUCGACUUGCCCAAGCGGAAGAAGAUUGAGCCAGCGACUGAACCCGAGGAUUGGCAGGGGAUAGCACUUGAGCCUGUUAAUGGUGAUCGGGGGGACGUGGAUGAUGUGUACGAUGAGCCAAGAUUCACGACAAACGACGGAUACAUCGACUCUGGGCCCAGGUCUUUCGCGGGACUAGGGACACCUCUGGCGCGCGCGAGCGUCGAUUCAUUAGGCGUUGGGAUCGCGCGCAUGCGGACCAAGUAG